CAGCGGACCUGGAGCGUUACCAGGGAGAUGGCGUACAGAGCCAGGAGACGGUGGGAGGCAGCAGCUAACAGGCUAACAGGCUAACAGGCUAGUUAGCGGACAGCUGAACCAGCAGUGGCCGUUAAAUAUUUAAAAUCAUUAGAACCAUUAAAAGUUAAAGCCUGCCGUCUGCCUCGCGCCCCGCAGGCACCGCUUCCGUUCGUCGGCUUUAGCUAACUAGCAUGGUUGCCGCGGCUGACCAGCUAGCACUAGCAGUCGGUGGAUAGAUUAGCACGCUAACCAGUUCCCUGAACUACGGUGUUAAUACAACUGUUGUCCGAAUACAGCUCGAAGUCAUCCGCAGGCUCAGCUCGCUGAUGUAGCCGGUUAGCAAGGAGCGACCGCUGCAGCUUAACACGGGUGGUGUCUUCAGCCGGUAUGGAUGUGAGCUAACAGCUGGACUGGGACGGUCUGACCCGCGUCUGUGGUUCUGAGGACGGAGCCUGAGUGCCGAGCCGAGCCGAAUCGAGCCGCGUGGGUCUCCUGAGGAGCAGCUGGUCCUCCCGGGCCGGAGGACGGCAGACCUCCGAUCAGGCCCAGGCUCCGGCAUGAGAUGACAUCCAGCAGAGCGGAGUCCCGUUAACCCGAGCUACACAGGUGAGCUACACAGGAUGGACGUGUGCAGUAGGAACCCAAACCGCACGGCGCCGGUGGGCGAGGAUGGCCCUCAGCGAGCCGACGUGCCACUCUGCUCGCGGACCAACGGCUGGAGCUGGCCGCCGCACCCCUUCCAGCUGCUGGCCUGGCUGCUCUACAUCUUUUUCGCUGUCACCGGCUUCGGCGUGUUCGUCCCCCUGCUGCCGGCUCACUGGAUCCCUGCAGGCUACAUCUGUACGGGCGUCAUGUUCAUGUGUCACCUCUGUGUGCACGUGCUGGCUGUGUCCAUCGACCCAGCUGACUACAACGUCAGGUCAAAGAGCGACAAAGGUCCGGUCCCGGUGUUCGACCGCUCUAAACAUGCUCACGUCAUCGAGAACUGCCACUGCUACCUGUGCCAGGUGGACGUGGGUCCUAAGUCAAAGCACUGCAGUGCCUGUAACAAAUGUGUUGCCAACUUCGAUCAUCACUGUCGGUGGCUCAACAACUGUGUGGGGAGCAGAAACUACAAGUUGUUCCUCCACAGCGUGAUCUCGGCUCUGUUGGGUGUGUGUCUGGUUCUGGUUGUGGCCUCCUACGUUUUCAUCGAGUUCUUUCUGGACCCGUCCAAACUCCGCACGGACAAACACUUCCUGAUGAUGAAUGAGACGGCGGUGUGGUUGGUCUUCCUGCCUGUCGCUCCUCUCAGCUCAGCAGCAGCAGUGAUUCCUGCUCUGGCUGCGGUCACCAUCGCUCUGGGGCUGCUGUCCUCUGUGCUGCUCUGUCACCUGCUCUGUUUCCACUUCUACCUCAUGUGGAACAGGCUCAGUACGUACGAGUAUAUCGUCCGGCAGCGUCACCGCCACGACAGCAGAGACUCCAAGAAACCAGGAUCAGUGAGGGAGAUGGCUGUUCCAUCAGUCGUCAAGGACAUGAACUAUUCAGGGACUCUGGGUUAUACCAACCCUCAGCUGGACGUGCAGGAACCUACCACUGUGGCAGUGCAGGGGGAGGCAGGGUUCCAGGCUAACGGUAGAGUGAGGACUGUGUCCAGUCCUGUUAUGGAGGAAGAAACCCCACCCACUAUGUCUACAGAGCUAACCCCAGCUGCACACACACACCGACACACUAAGAAAAAGAAAAAGAAGGUCCGAAAAGUUCCAGCAGAGUUGGCCAGGGAGCGCCGCCUGAGUACAGCCCUGCCCCCAGAUCCCAGCAGUGUGUCCACUGUGUCUCUGGGUCAGAGGCUUCCUUUCCCAGCAUUCCCUCUGAGGUCCUCCCUGCCCCCCCUGGCCCCCACUGUCCAGGCAGCAGCCCCUCCGGCUGAGUACCACUCCGACUCUGCAGAGUCUCUGGAAGAGAUCCCGGUCGUGUUGGCCAAACUGGGCUCUUCGUCUUCUGCUGCUGUGGGAGACGCCUCCACGUCUUCACACAGAGUCAUUCCUGCCUUCCCUCCACCCUCCCCCCAGCCCAGGACUAAGAGGAAGGCCUCCUCCUCCCGCACGAAUAAGAGUACUGUGGAGCUGAGGUUUGAAAUGGCCUGCACCCAUCCUCCGACCGUGUUCGUCAGCAGGGCCAGCAGAGAGGCCCCAGAUGGUGACCUCAGUCUGGGCAGGAGGCUGACCAGCUCUACGCCCGGGUCCAGACCAGCAUCUCGGGCGUCACUGGGCUCAGGUGUAGCCUCCUGGAAGGAGGUGUAACCUUAGCAGACUCCUGUUAUCUUCUGCAAUCACCUGCACAACAGUUAUUUUAUUGAACUUUUAGUUAUUUUGUAUCUGUGAUAAUUUAUUGGUUUUGAAGAUGACUUUUUAAUUUAAAUGCCAAAGGUGAGCGUCCGUCUGUCUCCUUCCACCUGAAUGAAUUUGGACCUGCGGACUUCAAUGAAAGUCUUCAGUGUUUGUGUCUCUGCUGGUGUUCCUGUGGAGACACUCCCAGUUGUUUUUAUGUUUCCCAGUUGACAUGUCCUCUUCUGUGUCCUGCUUGUCUCCAUGGUAACUUGGGGCCAGAGGGAUGUAGUGCUGACAUCACUUCCUUUCUCUUCCGUUACCUCACAUCUCUGCAGCAGCAGUAACCUUGAAUAUGCUGCUAAAUCACAGUCAUGCUAAAGCUAAUGCUAACGCUCAGCAUACAGGUUCUGUUCUGUCACUGUCUAACAUCUGUGGACCUCAAAGGACCAAUACUCCAUACAUACCAUAAUAAUUAAUCCGAUCGUUAAUAUUAAAUCCAUAAAACAUACAUAAAUGAUCAUGUGAUUAUUAAACCACUUAAUAAAAAAGAUAAUUUAUGUAAACUUAAAAUUUGAUGUAAUCAUUAAACUUGUUUAUUGUUAUUUAUUGAUGUUUUUUAUUUUUAAUAAAGUUCCACUUUUGUCAAUUUCACUUUCAA